AUGUCACGACCUAGAAGACAUUUCGUACUAAGCUUCGUGACAACCAUUUUUCGGACCAGCAUUUACCUCAGCGGAGUCAAUUAUUCCCAGUCCGAUAACAACUUAAUAGAUUCCAGCGACAAAACUCUAUGCCGGAAGGACAAACCGUUUUCAUGUGUAUGGGUAAAACUAAACAGAGCGCUUGCAAGCGCGAAAUUUUACUUCUGGUAUCCGGCAUUGCCAAUGUUUUAUAUCAAUCACAACAUUGAGCAGCAGAGCUUUGUCGAAUUGGCCAAAGCAGGCAUGCAACAUCGCAAAGGCUUACAGACAAAAACGCUGCUUAGAAAAAUGGGAGAGGUAAAUUUCGCACAAAUGACAUCACGUUGCAAAAAGGCAUUACAAAAUCGAGCGAAGCAAUUGCUAGGAUCAGAAGACUUAUCUUGA